AUGGAGAUCGUCGGAGGGACUUGUGACUUUUGCGGUCGCAUUUGCAAUUUUUACAUCGAUUACUGGGCUGCGCUAUCUCUCGAGUCCUUCGGAAUGGCACUGCUUAUCACCAACUGGAUCGCUGGGUACAUCGACGGAGGCAUCGCCAAAAGUCGCCCAUUCCUCGUUGGCAUCGGCGUCAUGCUUGUCGCCACCCUGCUCUUCUUCCUCAGCAAGAAUCCGUACCUCAUCAUCUUCGCCCGCGCGCUGCAGGGGGCCUCCGAGGCCCUCGUUUGGGUGUCCGGCAUCGCUUUCCUGGUCUCUCAGGUAGACGAAGCAAAUCUGGGAGUGUGCAUGGGCUACACGACGCUUGGUGCAACAGUUGGGGAGCUGAUGGGACCUAUUGUAGGGGGCUAUCUCUAUGAAAGCCUAGGGCACUGGGCUGUUUUUGCCGUUGUCGAGGUGGUAAUUGCGAUUGAUAUCGUUCUCCGCCUUCUUGUCAAAGACAAGGAUAAGGACUCGGCAUCGCAGGAGCAAGACCUGGUGGACGCCGCCAAAGGGCUUUCGGAAGCGGAUGCGCUACUUGGAACCUCUACGGCAGUAUCUCACGGAACGCUACAUGCAUGCAAUCACACCUCGUCGACGGAUCUGGAACGAGGAGUAGGGGAUGAUCGAUCGGCUCUUUCUGGAACGACCGACUGCCAAGACGACGAUGAUAUAGCAGCAAUGAGGACGCUGGGAUGGAACUGGCUGUCCAGCGUCUCGGGGGCGGCCAUGGCAUGUGUCGUUCGGUCAGCCUUGGAAGCCACCAUCCCAAUCUAUGUCCUUCGUCAUUUUGGCUGGACCUCAUCUGCUGGUGGAGGCGUCAUGUUCGCAUUGCUUCUGCCCAUGGUCGGCGGUCCCCUUGUUGGCAGGUAUACAACUUUGUACGGCCCUCGAUGGUUCAGCACGGUAUCAGCGCUUGCGUGCGGAGUCUUCAUGGUCACUCUUGGCUUCCUCACUGGAGACGACACGACAACUCGCAUUCUCUUCGUGGUGAACGUGGGAUCCAUCGGCCUCUGCAUCUCUCUCGCCACUACGACUCAAACGACUGCCAUAUCUGCCGCCGCACAGAGACUCGAGACUCUGAGGAGCCGCAUUCGAGCCAGCGGCGCAGAGCUGAGUUGGGAACUGAAAGUGUUGACUCCAGGCAUGAUGCUUAGCGGUCUGAGCACGGCAUGGGCCUUGGGCCUCUUCCUCGGUCCAGCCUGCGGAAACAUUUUCCACUUUAGCACAAACCAGGAGUGGAUGCACUUGUGCUGUUUCCUGGGCAUGCUGUCUGUGUUGAGCGGGGUCUAUUGCUCCUUUACGUGGACAAGAUGGCGUUGA